AUGUUCCUAAUUAUUGAUUUCAAGAGUAGUAGUUGUUGUAAAAACAUUCAGGAAUAUUUUUUUUUAUGUACCCAGUCGAAAUUAAUGAUUCAAGUAAAGUGUACCGGAUUCAGUCAGCCCCAUAGUAUCAGUGAUAAAUGCCGCCAAAAAUAAACCAAGGACACGUGGGACAGUGCCACCAUAUAUGGAACGAAGCCCAAACACAUACCGUAAUAAACGGGUGUGAUGAUGACGAUCGUAGCUGAAAAUGACAACUAGGUAUUGGCAUUAUAGAGCAGUAUUCAUAUUAAUCAUAAAUGUAUGUUUAUAUGCGAGCUGCCAACACACUGACCUGCAGCUAUGCCAGCGCUGUAACGGGACACUGCAGAAUGCCACCGCAUUGGGACGAUUUUGCACUUCAGUCGAGGGUCUGGUAGACGGCCGAUGCUGUUUGCGAAAUGACAACCCAAGCGAAGCUGUCAACGUCAUUGGAUUGGAUUUUUCAAACUGUAAUUUGAAACAUGUGGAUGACCUUCAAGAAGCAUCUACUGCUAUAAUGAUAGAUCUGUCACUCAACCCUAUUUUCAACUUGAGCGAUUCAGUGUUUCAAGGAUUUAUUCAGCUAAAUUACAUCAAUCUGCCUGCGAAUCUUGGAUGUCCAGGCGGGAAUGCAUCCUGGGAGAAAGUGGAAGUUAAAGGUGACAGUUGUCUUUGUGAAGGUCAGAAAAACGUUUGCAACCAGACUGGACAGAUGUCUUUAAAUUGCCCAGAGAACUCCCUCUGUGCUCCUUAUGGCCCUGGUCUCUUUGAGUGCAGCUGUGAACACAACUUUCAUGGAUACAAGUGUCUGAGAGAGGGAGAGUUCCCUCUCGUCCUGGUGUUUGGGCCUCUGGCGGCCUCCACUGUUGGGGUCUCCAUCCUGCUGUGGGUGACCCAGAGACGCAAGGCUAAAUCAGUCUGAGUUUGAACCUGAGACUCUGGUGUAGGGCCUUGUCCCGGGUCUUUUUGAUAAUUCAGUUGAGGGAUGCUGGACAAAAAAAACAUACUGACAUAGCUGACUGAGUUGAUCUCAGUUACAUUUAGGAGAUGCUCUUAUCUAGAGCGACUUACAGUAAUUACAGGGACAUUCCCCCAAGCAAGUAAGGUGAAGUGCCUUGCCCAAGGACACAACGUAAUUUUGUACGGCCGGGAAUCGAACCAACAACCUUCUGGUUAAUAGCCCGACUCCUUAACCGCUUAGCCAUCUGACCCCCCAGUUGAAAUGUUAAUGACUGUUUUGUCUUUGAAAGGCAGCUAAAAGUUUUUUGCAAGAAGUUUUUAACUGACAUAUUGAUUUAAAAUGUUGUAUGAAUGAUUGUUACUCUACCAUAAAAGUGCCAAUUCUACAUUCUGACUCUUUGGGCAACCCAGAGUUCAGGAACUUGACAUGGUUGUUUCAUGACAUGUAGUUUAAUCACUAAGAGUUGCAUGAAAAUAAGAGCCUUGUUCCACAGAAGAACGGCGGCUGAUGCCAGUGGAGUCAAUCCUGUUAAAUAAAGUUUAUUGAGACUCCAGAGAUUCAUGACUGAUGCAUGUGAUGCACUUCGCAUGUACUUUUGUUGUAGCAUUAAUGCUCCUGAAACAAUUAAAGCCAUGCAUUUUCAGGGGUACAGUAUUUUAUCAGAACAUAUCAAAAGCUAUAAUUUAGGUCUACAGUUUGGUGUUAAGUUAAAAAACAACACAUUGCUUACUUAUGUGCUACUGUUUAAAGAUGUGUAUUUAAUCUUGAAUUAAAGAUUUAUUAGAGAAACUAAA